AUGACUCUGAGCGCAGAGAUGUCGGAUGCCUCCAUCCUCUCGGAAGAGACCGACAUCGACGUGGUCGGGGAAGGCGAAGAUGGGGACCACCAGACGCGCUCCUGCGCGGAAGAGGUGGCGCAGAUGCACGACGGCAUCCUGCUGACCGGCUCUCCAUCUCCAUGUCUGGACAGCUCCACCGCCUCCAGGGAUACCUACAAGCCGGCGGGUAAGAACACCCUGGUGAAACCCCCGUACUCCUACAUCGCCUUAAUCACCAUGGCCAUCCUGCAGAGCCCCAAAAAACGCCUGACCCUCAGCGAGAUCUGCGACUUCAUCAGCAACCGCUUCCCUUAUUACAGGGAGAAGUUCCCCGCCUGGCAGAACUCCAUCAGACACAACUUAUCCCUCAAUGACUGCUUUGUCAAGAUUCCGAGGGAGCCCGGGAAUCCCGGGAAGGGGAACUACUGGACUCUGGACCCGGAGUCGGCUGACAUGUUUGACAAUGGGAGCUUUCUGAGGCGCAGGAAACGCUUCAAGCGGCAGCAGGCGCAGGACCUGCUGCUGCGGGAGCACAACGGCUUUCUCCCCGCCGCUGCGUACGGUUACGCACCUUACGGCUGCGGCGGAUACGGCCUGCAGCUGCAGUCCUACCACACACACUCCGCGCUCUUUGCUUUCCAGCAGCAGCAGCAGCAGCAGCACUCCAGGCAUUCACACACAGGAACCCUUAUCCCCUCACCUUCUCUGAUGCCCCCCAGCACGGACUUAACCAGAAGUGGUCGCUUUUAUCCCCAGCUGGGCUCCAGUCUGGGCUCCUCCGGCACGCAGGCUGCGUCCCCGGCGCACAAGUCCGGUUCCCCGGUGCAGCGCUCCCCCUUCUCCAUAGAGAGCAUAAUCGGAGACUCGCUCAGCCCCUCGCGGACUUCUCCGGUCGUUGUCCCGGUCUUACCCUCGUCGUUGGGGCUCUCAGGGGCCGCUCAGCCGCAGACGGUCCACCCCGGAGCGGUUUUACACCCAGUCGAAAACUUUCCGGGCAGAGUGGCGGGAGGCACCGGCGCCUGCUGA